CGAACUUUAUUUAGUUGAACAUGAUAGCAGCGUGGAUUAACGUGGUUUUACUUGGCACUCUCUGUCUUUCCCCAGUUCUUGCGGCUCCCUUUAGAGGUAGUUAUGAGGAAACUGAUCCCGAACUGACGGCAGGAUUCUUCCAGGGUGAUAUGGAGGUUGACUUCGCCCGAAACGGACAGAUUUCUGAGUCAAGACGCUGGCCAAAUGCUACAGUGCCCUAUACGAUUUCGGAGGAGUUUGAGGCUCCGCAAGUGGCUUACAUUGAACUCGCCAUGGAAAUAAUUGAGCGAUCAUCGUGCAUUCGUUUUCUACCGGCCACGGAAGAGGACGAAAACUACGUUACGGUAAUACCCUCCUCAACAGGAUGUAGUUCCAAUGUGGGCUACCAGCCUGGCAUAAGGACGGUUAAACUGAAGCCAAAUAAACUAGACUCGGGUUGCUUUAAGUUGGGAACUAUUCAACACGAACUGCUCCACACCCUCGGCUUUCAUCACCAACAGUGCUCCCCGGAUCGAGACGAAUACGUAAGAAUCGUACAGGAAAAUAUUUCGGAGGGACAUGAGAAGAACUUUGUGAAAUACGAAGCCUCCGAAGUGGAAGACUUUGAUCAGGCCUACGAUUAUGGCAGUAUUUUGCACUAUAGCUCAUUAGCCUUUUCGAUCAAUGGAGAGGCCACCAUCGUGGCCCUGAAGCCAGAGGGCCAAGCUCUAAUGGGUCAGCGUCUUAUUAUGAGCGGAACCGACGUGAAUAGGCUCAAUACUAUGUACAAGUGCCCCAUUCAAUUGUAAUUUUUUUCAACAAAAACUUUAUUUUGUAAUAAAUUAUUUGAACAUA